UGCAUCGACAUAUUCGAGGAAGUUGCAUUGUGGCCACUGCUAGAGCUCCCCAAACAGCAGCGUGAAAAUACUGCAAAAUAUACAAGCAUCAGGAAGCAAACAGCCUUGGAAUUUUCUUUUGUACCGUCUCUGUUUUGCCUUUAGUCUUUUGCUGGCAAGCAAAAGUUUUCCUCCUGGUUGCAGGUCAGGGGCAUUGGGGGCGGCGGGGGGAGAGGAGGCGGCAGAAGAGAGGGACAGAGUGUGUGUGGGGAGAAAGGGGUAUCCGAAAGCUUCUGUUUAAUCUGGAAGAAGCAGGAGGAUCUUCAGUGAGCAAGGAAAUAUCAUGGUUAACACACACAAAACUAGGCUCAUAUUCGGUGAGCCACUGGGUUCUGUUCUUGCAAUAAGCAAUUAAAAAACUAAAAGAAAAAAAAAAAGGUACAUGGAUCCAGAUUGCCCGGUGCAGCAGAAAGUCUGGAACGAUUUUGUUUGGUCGCUGUAAUGAAGAAAAAGAGAAGCUGUCAUUUUGUGUGUGCCCUAUACAAGGGCCUCCUGGUUCCUUGUUAGCUUAUAGAGGGGGAAAACAACGCGUUUGAUGUUACAUCUGACCAGCUGCUGUUCUCCAUAAUAACAAGCGAGAGAACUGCCUGCCCUAGUGAGUUGCGUCACUUUUGCUUCAACUUUAGGCUAGAAAUCAAGAGAGCGAGAGAGAGGAGAGAGAACUUUCAAGGAAGCAGGAGGGAGCUGGAAAGCCCUGCAGUCUGCCUCCCACCCACUCACCCCUCCUCCUUUGCCCCCUCCUUCCCCUCCUCCUCCCCCCAAAAAACUUUUCCAUCCGAGAAAGAGGGAGAUCUCUUUGGAAACAUGGAGCUGCUGUGCUGCGAGGUGGAUCCCAUGCGGAGAGCUCUGCCCGACCCGAACUUGCUUUAUGAUGACCGCGUUUUGCACAAUUUAUUAACCAUAGAAGAGAGGUAUCUGCCCCAAUGUUCCUAUUUCAAAUGCGUCCAGAAGGACAUCCAGCCCUUUAUGAGGAGGAUGGUGGCGACCUGGAUGUUGGAGGUCUGUGAAGAGCAGAAGUGUGAAGAAGAGGUUUUCCCCCUAGCCAUGAAUUACUUGGACAGAUUUUUAGCUGUGGUGCCCACCAGAAAGUGCCAUCUGCAGCUGCUGGGGGCAGUUUGCAUGUUCUUGGCCUCCAAGCUGAAAGAGACAAUCCCCCUCACUGCAGAGAAACUUUGCAUAUAUACGGACAAUUCCAUCAAACCCCAAGAGCUGCUGGAGUGGGAGCUGGUGGUGCUGGGAAAAUUGAAGUGGAAUCUUGCAGCAGUGACUCCACAUGAUUUCAUUGAACACAUUCUAAGAAAACUGCCUCUACCUACAGACAAGUUGCUUUUGAUCCGGAAGCAUGCACAGACAUUUAUUGCCCUUUGUGCCACAGAUUUUAACUUCGCCAUGUAUCCACCAUCAAUGAUAGCAACUGGAAGCGUGGGAGCAGCCAUCUGUGGCCUUCAGCUUGAUGAUGGGGAAAGUUCACUCUCCGGUGACAGCCUAACAGAACUCCUGGCCAAGAUCACAAACAUAGAUGUGGACUUCCUUAAAGCCUGCCAAGAACAGAUAGAGUCGGUGCUAGUAAGCAACCUUAGGCAAGUCCAGCAGCAGCAACAGCAAAGAAAUCCUUCUAAGAUGGUGGAUGAACUGGACCAGGCCAGCACUCCCACAGAUGUGAGAGACAUCAACCUGUGAGGACGUCAGCCCAGACAGUCAUGCUUGCUCCCUCUGCUCCUCCCCCCUCCUUUUUUUUUAGAAUGAAAUCUUUUUUUUUAAUCUGCUCCCACAUAGAACGUAUUUAAAGCUCAUUUAGAUACAAAACAAAACAAAAAAAGAAGUAAUUUAAAAAAGCAUUUGGUGCCUGUGAUGUUCUACAGAAGGGAAUCCCACGAUAUAUUUGAUAAUUGCUGUUUGAUUAUGUAUCGGUGAUAUUAAAUGCUUAUAAAAGCAUAAAAAGUAGCUAGAUAAUGUAAGCCUGCAUUUGUGGGAACAAAGUAGAAUAUACUUUUUUGUGCGUGCAUUAUGACCUAGUGCAUACACACCCUUUUUUAAACUUAAGAAAGGAAUUGUGUGUGUUAUGUUAUGGCUUGACUAGAUUGCAAAGCAAUAGAAUUAAGGGGUUAGGGCAAAGUGGGAAAAAAUCCCUGAAGUGAUUGAACCAUUUUGGAUGCAGAAGAGAUUUGCUGAUCUAUCACCUCUGUUAUUAGUCAGAACAGUUUGUUGGAUUUCUGUAUGUUAGUUUUGUUUACUCUUGCUGUCUGUGGUAGCUGCUACCUAAGAAAGAAGAUGCUUUAUUUUGCCAGCCGGAAGAGCAGGUGUUCCUCUCCCCUCUCCCCCCCCCCCCCCUGCUUCCUACUUUUCCUCCAGAAAUGGUUCAUUCUAAACACAGCAGCAUCUUUGGCAUAAAGCUGAUCCUGCUACCCAGCAGUGGUCCAAGCCAAAGUAUAGAAUGCUUAUAUUAGAUGGCAGAAACAUACAGAUUAAAAAUGACUUGUCAACAAAUCAGACCACCUCCGAACUUUGGAUUCCUAGAUGCAGUGGAUCAUCUGUGAAAAAGCAUUAUAUUCAUUCACAAUGCUAAUGCUACACAUCAAUGUUAACUUUUGGCAGCUCUUUGGUUUGGUGUAAAGGCAAUUAAAUGAUGCUCUGCCCAUCUUCCUUUUUAACAUCCUCACUGUGUUAAAGAAGAUGUGAUUUCCUUUGAUCCCCCCUCUCCCUCCAAAAAAUACAUUUUCCAGAUGUUUAUAACUUUUACUGGUCCACAGUUAGCAUUAUUAUAAACCAUUUCAUUCGAAAAGCACUUUGAAAAUUGUUCCUAAGGGAUAAAUGAAAUGGUUUAUGACAAUUGUGCUGAGCAAAAAAAAAAAAAA